AUGGAGCUAAAAUCAUCAAACUCUAUGAAACCAGCUUCCUACCAAAAUUGGGUAACAAUCGCCCAACUUGUCGCCCAAAUCGGAUUUUUUACAACCACAGUUUUCUGUGGAAUUCUGAUUUUUCUCACCGUUUUCGGUGGACAGAAAAAUUUUGGCAGUUAUAAAAACUUGCUAGUUUUGUUUUCUACAGUCGGAAUAUUUUUCUCUGUCGUCGAAUUGACACUGUAUCCGAAUGUACAUUCCUUCUAUGCCGGAUACUUCUUCUACAGUACCCAACGCCCAUUUGGUCUCAAAAUUGAAAUUGUACAAGUUUUAAUGGCAUUUUAUACAUCUAUCUAUGCAUCUACAAUAUGCAUGUUAGCUGUCCAAUUUGUAUAUCGAUACUGGGCGAUUUUCAAUGAGAGCCUACUCCAUUACUUCAAAGGAUGGCGUUUUCUGUUUAGUAUUGCCUACUCGUUUAUUGUUGGAGCACAGUGGGGAUUAUCCAUAUACUUUUUCGAUGAAAUGGACGACUAUACGGAUAAUUACAUGAGAAACGAAAUGUGGGAACGGUACGAUAUCAAUAUUAGCCAAGUCGCGAAAAUGGCAUUGGUUGCUUAUAAUGAUGAUGGCUCAAUUCGAUGGUGGAACGUCUGUUGCAUAAUUGACAUGACAGUUUUCAUGAUUGUACAAUAUUCAAUUGUCAUCUACUGUGCAGUUGUUAUGUAUCAAAAAAUGGAAGAAAAAUUGCAACUUGUGUCUGCGUCGCUGCGAGAACUCCAUCGUCAAUUUUUCAAGACCCUAAUUAUGCAAAUACUGUCCCCGACAAUCUGUUUAUUUGCUCCAGUGGUUUUUAUAAUCUAUCUCCCAAUUUUCAAUUUUGAAGUGAGCAUUCCAACGGGGAUGUUUUUAUGUGCAUUCACACUGUAUCCUGCAUUGGAUGCAUUGAUUAUAAUGUACAUUGUCAAAGACUACAGAAAAUCUGCAAAAAGAAUAUUGAAAAUCAUGAUGGAUUCGAUAUAUAAAAGUUUAGAUCUACAACCGACCCGAGUUGAACAAACACGGACUUCGUCCAUGCCUCCAAGCAACCUGCAAAAUUAUUUAUAG